AUGCCAGAGUGCUACCCAUGGUGCUCUGUCGCGGGGUGCACGGAGCGGCCGCUGCGGCAAUACACGGCGGCCUCGAGCAAGCAGAUCAUGUUCAUGUGCAAGACGCACUUUAACACCGUGCCCCUUAGCACCCGCGAGGGCUGGAAGCAGUACAGGGGCACCCGCACCUUUCCGGAGAGCAGGAUUGCCGCCUCUUGCAGGCCGGGCCCGACCAGGGGCCUCGGCGCCGCGGCGGCGGUGGCGGCGGCGGCGGCGGCAGCGAGCGAGGUGGACCCGGGGUACACGAACCACCCCGACGACGAGAAGGGCAACAGAGGGCCGACCAAGAGCGCGCUGUGGCCGGGGAAGGUCUACAACGUCCUGUAUCAGGUGUGGAACGCCCAGGCGGAGCAAAAGAAGAUCAGCUCGGGAGACGGUUACAUGACGUCAUCGGACCGGGCGGCUCUGGUUCCGCAGGCUGCGAACGUUCUUCGGGAACAAGGGCACCCUGAAAUGGCCAUCAUCCUGGACAACACCACGGAGGGGGCUCGUAAGGUUAUUCACAGCCGGGUGUUGGCCAAGUACCUCAAGAACCGGGAAAUCUUCUCCGCCAAGCUCAGAAACAUCGGCCUGGACCCCACAGAGAUAGCCGAGUGGGACGCGGCCCUAGUGGCGGCGCAACACCACGCCGACCUCGCGCCAAGAGAGCGAGACCAACCGCACUCAGCAGUGCCGCUCUCCCUCCCGCACCACUCCUCCCACCACUGCCAUCAACAACAUGAUUGA